AUGGCUUCUGUCAAGUCUCUAGGGCUUCACCAGCCCUCAGGCCUGCACUACGCCAUUGACGAGCAGCUAUUGCCAUCGAACCCGCCUGCAAACUCCUACAAAUGGGAUAUUGUAUCUGGAAGGAGCGAGAGCACAGACAAAAAUGAGGACGAGCUGCUAAUCACCAAAAAUGCUGUUCUAUGGUGUCGCGGCGGCAUUCUCCGCAAGAUCUUCAAAUUCGACCUCGAGAAGGAAUCUGUCACGAAAGCCCUCCUUGCAUAUUUCCCCGCCUCCGAUGACGAUAAAGUAGCCGCAAAGGCGCACCCACGAGAGACAACGACGAGCACGGCGCAGCGACUACAGCCUCGCAUGGAGAAGGCCCUAGUCGUCUUUCUAAGCACCCAGGCGCACAUCUACUUCCUGUCUGGAGCUAGCCAUGUUGUCCAUAUGCCCUUUGAGGUCGAGACGGCCUUUGCCGGGCCAUCGGGCGUUUUGAUCCAAAGAAAACAAAGAACCGAGAACCUCAAUUCGUCCACUCUAAGAUUUCCACGUGUGAUCCCCAAUUCUUUCCUGUCCUCCCAAUUGACAGAGGUCAAUAACUCGCAGGCACAAGACUUCUCUGUACAGAGCCUAGGAAACCCGAAAGCCCUGAACUUGGGUUUGACCAAUACCUUGGAAAGCAUGUUCGAUGGCCCAAUGGGCCAAACCCAGUCUCACUGGCCGCGACUGGUUUCACUUUCUGAUCCGCUGUUGGAUGUCGGCCUCGUUGUCACGGAACCCGACGCGCAAAGUACAAGAGGACCUAUUAUGGGUUCCAGGAAUACGGCCUUCCUUGAUCCUGCCGAGGAGCUUCUUUAUAUCGAGCAGGUCGAAUUGAGCGGAAGAGCGUUUCAACAAGCUGGCGAAAGCUUUAUCAUCGCCGUAACCCUCAAUCGGGCAACGAACUGUUAUAACGUUUGGCGUCUGAAGUACCUCGAGCAUCAAGAUCCCUUCAUAAAACAACACAAGUCAAAGCCCACGGCCACAAAUCUGGCUGCCCGGCGACGAAGUUCUAUGGCACCGUCUUUCGCGGAAUCCAAUACACCGGCAAAGCCCAGCACGAGAGAUAGCUUUGGCGCGCCGCUACCAGGUAAACGCCAACGCAAAAGCGAAAAGAUUGACAAGCCGGUGGAUCUUGUGUCGUCACUCGAGAAACAGGAUAAAGAUGGCUCGGCUAUUACGAGGCGCAGCUCACGCCGAUUAAGCUCUAUGCUUGCGCGCGCAGACUUGUCAGCAUCCCAAGAGCGAUCUGUUUUCUCGGAACAACCAUCAGCUGUCGGUAGCAAACCUUCACGGAAGCAAGAAUCCCGCGCAGCGCCGAAUCACCGCUCCAGCUCCAGUUUCAGCAAACAAGUCCGCCCAAGCCUAAGUAGUCUUCUGGAGGCACCGCUUGAUAUGGGACUUAACGAGGGAUUCCUCAAUAUGGGCUUAGACGACCACGAACUCGACGGCCUUCAACAUGAUGUUCGAUUUACCAAAAUCUUUGACAUUCCAUCGGCAAAAUCCAAUGUGCACUAUACAGUGCCUGCUGGUGAUGCCCCGCAACAUACCAAAGUGUUCGUACUGGCUGCCCCGGCCUAUGCUCACGAUGGCUAUGAUCGAAACCAGCUCUUGAUUGGCAUCCAGGACGUAGACGAAAAGCGUCUGGACAUUAUCACUAUACAAAUUGUCUUGCAACCGGCUGGGCGAUCGACCCCCAGGCCCUCUUUCACCAGUCCUACGCCCAACAGCUUGUCCAUUGCAACCGGUGAGAUUCGAAGAGCUCAAAAUGUAGUUGACUCUUGUAAAUUGGUUGAUGGUGAUCAGUCCGUCAUUCUGAUAUUAUCCGAGUCUAUGGACGGCCAACUUGAACUUUCCACGCAAGCUCCCUGGAGUGACCGCACCACGAUAUCGCCAGACCUCGUUUUUAUUGACGACACCAGGCACUUGCAGUAUCGUGGUCGAGUUGUUGAUCGUGACGUGAAGCAGCGCAAGUCCGAGAUUUUUGAUCUCACAAAUGGUAGCAUUGUUGGCCUGCGCCAUUCUCGACAACAUGGUGUUGUUGAUGUCGUCGAUGUCGGCGGUCGGCUGCAUCAAGUUAAAAUCCAACUCGAGCCGACCUGCCCACAGGUGCGCCAUGUCCUCAGCGUCUGCCGAAACAUUCUACAAGACGCUCUUGGAGAGCGACUCCACGGCGGCUGGCUGCAUAUCGUGCAAUGGUUGAGAGAUCAAGACGAGUCCUUCGCCAGCAUUGAAUGGUCUGCUGUCACUAUCCUCCUCUUCUCGUUGGUAUUGAACCUCGGGCGUAUUGAAGGCAAGCCUAUUCAGACAACUCGCUUGCCAGUUCGGAAACGUCGACCCGCAUCUGGUUCAUUUGGAUCUAUCCGAGAAUCCGACGAUUGGAAGGCCCUCGAAAAUGGCGAAACAGCAAGCUCAUUGGGCUGUCCUGUGUGGAUGAUGAAUCGAGGCUGGCAAUGGGCGCUUGACUCUAGUCCCGAGAGCUGGAGCGCAAAUACGGACCAGUUGUCGAAUCCCAGAUUUGCAGCGAAACACAUUGCACUCGCACGAGAGUACAUGGCAUCACCUUUGGGGAAUACAGCUUUCGGGCCCUCUGGAUACAUGCCCACUUCACUUCACCGUGAAGAAGGGAGCCGAAGGAAAGCCGUGUCUGACAUUUUCAUGGCGCUGCACCUCCUUCUUGAGGAAGAGCGGCUAGACAUCAUGACUUCAGAGUACGUCUCUCCCGGACGAACAGACCUGCGAGUUGUUUUGUGCCAAAUCUCUCGUUGGCUGAAGUGGUACGGAUUCGCAGCUAUCUACGAACUGGGCAUUCAGGAAGUCGUGGAUGAAAAGUUCGAUUCCGAACUGAACUUGAUACCGCCAAUCCCCGAGCCCGCUGUGAAGCCCAAUGUUCUUGAAUGGGUUCAAAAUCGACUACUUACACAGCAAGGGAACUACCCUAGCCCUGUCGAUAUUUAUUCCCAAAAUGCUAAUAUGUCUGGCAAGGACAGCGGAGGUGACGGGAGAUGGGAUGUGAUAUUACCGCGCACGAUGAUGUUCAGAAGGUUUUUCAAUGCGUUGGAAGUCAACCCUACAGCUACAGAAAUGGUUGAAACCAUGCAGGCCCAAGGUUUCACCAGCGCCAUUCUCGAGAGCCUCCCUGAAGCUAUCUUGGUCCCGCUACAGGACGCCAUCGCACUGUGCCAACCUCACCCGCCUAAAGCCUGGCCUGAUGACCUGCUGAAGUUGAUCAAAAGAAGCGACAUGAGUAGUCUGCUGUCCCCCAAGAAGGCAACUAAUCGAACGCCUCCAAGCCUCUUGACCCCUACCCAUGCUGCGUCAUGGGACUAUCGACUUCUCUCUCACAGUGUAGAAGACGAUGAACCCCCUGGCUACGAUGAGGGCAGCGGAAUAGAAAGACAAGCUGUAAUCCGGGCACUGUUUAAAGAGGAUAGACGUCUGAAUGAGGCGCAGGACCUGCUUUCAACACACAAGUCUCGACAUGUUCGACUGAAUCCGGACCCAAAUUGGCCAGAAAGCGAAUACCUGGAGAAGCAGAAGGAGCUUGUCUCCAGAAUCGCGACUGACAAGUCUCUCUUCACAGAGGAGAAGGUUUGCUGGGGCUUCUUUCACCAGGGAGUUGCUGCCGGUUUGGCCAUUUCUCCCGAUGCCAAGGGCAUCGAUACAUCCUGGAUUCUCUACAACAAGCCCGGACAAGAGUUGAGUAACCGCCAUGCUGGAUUUCUGCUCGCACUUGGCCUCAAUGGCCACCUCAAAGACGUUGCAAAGUGGGUUGCGUUCAAGUACCUGACGCCGAAGCACACCAUGACUUCUAUUGGAUUGCUCUUGGGCCUUGCUGCUUCAUAUCUUGGAACGAUGGACUCUCUGAUUACUCGGCUGCUGUCGGUUCACGCCACGCGUAUGCUACCACGUGGCGCUGCCGAGCUCAAUUUGUCUCCUCUCACCCAGACAACGGGCAUUAUGGGCAUUGGGUUGGUGUACUGCAACAGCCAGCAUCGCCGCAUGAGCGAGAUCAUGCUCUCGGAAAUUGAACAUGCAGAGGAUGAGGAAGAAGAUGAGCCGCUUCGAAGCGAAUGCUAUCGCCUUGCAGCUGGCUAUGCGUUGGGGUUCAUAAAUCUCGGAAAAGGUAACGACUUGAAGGGGUUACAUGACAUGAAACUCACCGAAAAGCUCAUCACGCAUGCAACAUCGACUAAGAUAGUUGACAUUGUCCAUGUUCUUGACCGGGCAGCUGCUGGUGCUGUUAUAGCCCUUGCUCUCAUUUUCAUGAAGACAGAAGAUCAAAUCGUCGCCCGCAAGGUUGACGUCCCGAGCUCGGUGCUUCAGUUCGACUAUGUCCGACCUGACAUUCUGCUGUUACGAACCGUUGCCAAGAACUUGAUACUCUGGUCCAAGAUUGAGCCUACGUUUGCCUGGAUUCAGCGAAGCCUACCAGCACCUUACCGAGCCAGAUACAGACUGCACGGCACCACGAAGCUGCGAUCGACAGACUUGCCAUUCUUCAGCAUCAUGGCAGGAAUCUGCUUCUCCAUUGCCCUGCGUUAUUCUGGAAGUGCCUCCACCCGAGUCCGAGACCUUCUCCUGCAUUAUCUCGACGAGUUCAUGCGCAUCACCGCGAUUCCCCGCACGCCUAGAGAGCAUCCAGAUGCCGCGCCGCUCUAUGACGAAGAACUUGCUAGAGCCAAUGCACGUAUGUGCCAAGACAUCUUGGCCGUGUCGUGCGCCAUCGUCAUGGCAGGAACAGGCGAUGUCCCUGUGUUGCGCAGACUCCGCGCCCUCCACGGCCGAACGGACCUGGACACGCCAUAUGGAUCUCACCUCGCGGCGCAUCUGGCCAUAGGAGCCUUGUUCUUGGGUUGUGGCACUGUCACCUUCGGUACAAGCAACAUGGCCAUUGCUGCGCUCCUGGUUGCUUUCUAUCCCAUAUUCCCGACGAAUGUUAUGGAUAAUAGAUCUCAUCUGCAAGCAUUCCGUCACUUUUGGGUUUUGGCGACAGAGCAGCGUUGUCUCGUGGCCAAGGAUAUUCUGACCGGCCAGCCAGUGUCUGUUCCGGUACAAAUCAAGAUGCGCCAAGAUGUCUCCACGGAAGCACUCCUGCACCGCUCCACGCCAUGCUUGCUACCGCCACUGGAUCAGAUAUCCAGCUUGUCCACCAACUGCGGACCGCAAUUUUGGGACAUUGAGCUUGACUUUUCCGACGAGAAGCUGCGCGAGGCCUUUUCUAAAACACAGAGUCUGCACCUCCGACGGCGACCGCCGCGCGAGGGCAGUUUCCCUUCCACUCUUCGCGCCUUAGGUAAAGACGGCGACGGUAAGAACCCGCUGGAAUGGCUGUUCAGCCUUGAAGGGCUAAAGGGCAUCAGCUACGCUGAGAAGGCGGCCUUGCUUGAGAGCGGUGAGGAUGACCCAGAGAUCGGCUCCGCCGUGGAUGCGCGUAUGGAGCUUGAAAGAGGCAUCCAGGAAGGCGGCGACCUGGAGCGCCUGGAGGGGGCCAGGCUGCUGUUCGAAUGGGGUUCUGCGCGCGACAGGCUGCUGCGGAGCAGGAAGGGCUCGGAUCCGAGCACGUCGCACGACAGCCAGAAGACAAUCACCAUGCGGACCAGGCAGCGGCACGGCGAUGCUGAUGAGGAGCUCGAGGAGGAUGACGACGCGGUAUGGUGGAUGCGAGACAGCGACAUUGAAGCGCUCAAGGGAAAAGUGUGGCUUGCAGCCAGAGAGGCUGAGUAG